AUGGAGGGCCAACUUUUCCGUGAUGCAGAUUUCACUGGAUAUCCUUCCUCGGAGAACGGAGGCGACAAUGACUAUGGAAACGUUGGCGGCGGGCCAACAUAUGAUCCCAGUCAGGCGUUCCUCCUUGCAGGCCUUGGCUUCAACUUGGCCUCCCAAGCGAAUAACCACGUCUGGGACUAUGGAUUCGACGGUUAUCAUGAAACCAAAAACAGCUUAGAAGCCGCCAACAUUACAUCCGCUGGAUCCGGAGCUAGUCUGGCGGAAGCUCGCAAUGCCUCUUGCGUCCAGCGCGGUAAUACGCGCCUUUCUCUCAUCUGUGCCGCCGGGACCCACACCCCCGAAUCGGUCGCGGGCGCCGGGGAGCCCUCGGGCAACCUUGCCUCGCGACCUGGUGUCAGUGCUCUUCGCACAUCGCUGACCACAGUUGUUGAUGGCGAGGCCUUUGCCAACAUUCUUCGUAUCGCUCGUGCCCAGGGACAAUCGGAUUUAACGGACGAUGUCGCAGAAGUGACUCUGUACACCGGCCAAAGCCCCAUGUUCUGGUCUUCUUGGCGGCGUGCAGACUCCAAUGAGACAACUCCCAAACUCGAUUGGAACACCAACGAAGAUGACUUCAACGGGAUUAUUUCUUCAAUCCGGGAGGCAAGGGCCACUUCGGACGCCACCGUAUUCUCACUCCACGCCCAUGAGAGCGACUCGGGCGCUUACGACUCAAUCAUCCCUCUCCCUCCUGCAUCGACGGUACCCGCAUCGUAUAUCACUAACAUCAGUCGGUCCGCAAUAGAGGCUGGAGCGGAUGUGGUGCUCGUACAUGGGCCGCAUCAUCUCAGGGGCAUUGAGAUAUAUCAGGGUCGCCCCAUUUUCUACAGCCUCGGCUCUUUUACUUACAGCCUCGGGCUUCACUUUCGCGGCGUCUCGUUGCCAAUCGAAUGGGAUGAUGGUCUCAUUGCCCAUACCGAGUUUGUUGAUGGGACUGUCAACAGGAUCGCACUUUACCCCACGAUACACAACCAACUCACCAACGACACAUCGGUGGCUGACCGGACCAUGCCAAAACUGGCGCCUCCUGCCGAGGCCCAACGCAUUUUGAACUAUUUGCAAGAAGCUUCCAGACCAUUCGGCACUCUGAUUAAUAUCAACGGGAGCACAGGUUUUAUACUUGUAUCUCCGUAG